CGCGCUCACCGCUGCUCUUCAGUCGUGAACGAUCAUGGCUGCGAGGGCGCGAGCGCUUCGCCUGUUCCUGCUUCUGUGCUUCCUGCACACCUGCACGUCAGAGAAAGCAGAAGACCGAGGCUUCCCCAGCACGGACACCUCCGGCGGGGUGUUGGUCGGCUCCGUGGCCAAGCAGGUCCUGACCAGCCGCCUCACCACCGUCUUCCUCCCCAUCGUCUACAUCGUGGUGUUCGCCGUGGGGCUGCCCACCAACGCCCUCGCCAUCUGGGUGUUCCUCUUCCGGACCAAGAAGAAGCACCCGUCCUCCAUCUACAUGGCCAACCUGGCGCUGACCGACCUGCUCUUCGUCAUCUGGGUCCCGCUGAAGAUCUCGUACCACCUCAACGGCAACGACUGGACGUACGGCGAGGGGCUGUGCAAAGUGAUGGUGGCCUUCUUCUACGGCAACAUGUACUGCUCCAUCCUCUUCAUCACCUGCAUCAGCGUGCAGCGCUACUGGGCCGUGGUGCACCCGCUGUCGCGCCCCCAGAGGGAGAACGCCGUGGCCGUGGGCGUCUGCGUGGCCGUGUGGGCGGCGGUCUGGCUCGUCACCGUGCCCCUCUUCCUGUACGACCAGGAAGUCCGCGUGGUCAACCUCAACAUCCGCACGUGCCACGACGUCACCCGGCACAGCCAGCGGAAGAUGGCGGCGGGCUACUUCCUCACCAUGGGGACCGUGGGCUUCGUGCUGCCCAGCGUCGUGUGCCUCGUCUCCUGCGUGCUCAUGCUCAAGGCGCUCCGCAGCAGCAUGUCGGACCCCGCCAUCGCCAAGAAGCGGCGGAAGGCGGUGGUGCUGAUCGUCACCGUGCUGGUGAUGUUCCUGGUGUGCUUCACGCCGAGCAACGUCAUGCUGCUGGUGCACUACACGCUGCUGCUGGGCAACGCGGACAACAACCUGUACGGCUUCUACGUGUCGGCGCUGUGCGUGGCGAGCCUCAACAGCUGCCUGGACCCGUUCGUUUACUACUUCAUCUCGGAGGAAUUCCGGGAUCACGUGAAGAACACGUUCCUCUGCAGGAGCGAGAGGACGGUGGAGAGGAUGAGGGUCUCCUUCAGCGCCCUCAAGUUCUCCAAGAAGGCCAACGCGUACGCGCCCGACUCGGGGAACACGCAGAGCACCGAGUGCUGACGCCGCGUCGCCAAAGGAAGAUGAAAUCUCCUCGCUUAUGGAUUUUUUUUAUUGUGACUUCCUGUGAGGAAACUGCUUCAAAGGGCUUAAGCUGUCUAAGUUACUGUUGUAAAUGCCUCUCCUUCUUUUUUUGGACGAUGCAACUGAUAUUUAAUGCUCGUUUCAGUCGUCUGAAGUUUUAUUAGAUUUAUUUAGGAGGUCUUUUUUUUAUGGAUUUGAACUUUAUGUCCAAGCUGUCAUUUUUAUUGGGAACAAUAUACUUUAUUGAAGCGCCAGAAGGUUUUUAUCAGCAUGUUGUGUGAUGCAAGCGUAACAUGUGUUGACCUCUUGUAUGUGUGUUUUUAACUUGAUCAUUUGAAAGUUGUCAAUAAAUGUAAAUGUAGAACCUGCCGAUCUUUAAAAGUCUCAAAGCGUUUUGUUUGCAUGAAUAAUUCUAGGAUAUACAGGACUGUCUCAGAAAAUUAGAAUAUUGUGAUAAAGUUCUUUAUUUUCUGUAAUGCAAUUAAAAAAACAAAUGUCAUGCAUUCUGGAUUCAUUACAAAUCAACUGAAAUAUUGCAAGCCUUUUAUUCUUUUAAUAUUGCUGAUUAUGGCUUACAGCUUAAGAAAACUCUAAAAUCCUAUCUCAUAAAAUUUGAAUAUUUCCUCAGACCAAGUAAAAAAAAAGAUUUAUAACAGCAAAACAAAAUCAAACAUUUGAAAAUGUGUUUCCAGGUGUUUCGAGUUAAUUAGACAAUUCAAGUGAUUUGUUUAAUACCCUACUAGUAUACUUUUUCAUGAUAUUCUAAUAUUUAGAAAUAGGAUAUUUGAGUUUUCUUAAGCUGUAAGCCAUAAUCAGCAAUAUUAAAAGAAUAAAAGGCUUGCAAUAUUUCAGUUGAUUUGUAAUGAAUCCAGAAUGCAUGAUAUUUUUGUUUUUUAAAUUGCAUUACAGAAAAUAAAGAACUUUAUCACAAUAUUCUAAUUUUCUGAGACAGUCCUGUAUAUAUAUCAUAUUUACCUGCUGGUUUUUAUCAUAAUUUGGUCCCCUGCUAUUAUUCUGAAACUACCAUUAAUUUUCAUUAAAUGGUAUUGAAAGGGUCUUAAAAGUCUUAAUUAAACUUUGGUUUUUUAAAACAUUUUCUCUUAGGUUAGAAAGGUCAAGCCGUCUUUAUUUUCAAAACAAUCCUCACAUAUUUAAUUUAUCAUAUGCUAGUUUGUUUUUAUUCUUCUAUGCCAUUAGACCCUAAUAAUGCAGACUUGCAUGACGUCUCUUUCUCUCAAUACGAAGCGUCUCUAGGCUUUAUGGCAUUUCUUUGGUGAAUUAAAUCACAAUUGCUGUAUUUGUUUGGGAUUUAUUGAAAUUGACAUAGAAAGCA